AUGGCCGACGAGCCGUCGCAUAUUGAGGGAGGGCUCUUCUCCCAGUCCAGGAUAUGCAUCGUUCGCUCCCACCAUCUUGACAAGAAACUCGCCUCGGAGGUUUUGUCUGCUGUCGAGGAAAAUGGAGGCGAGGCGGUUAUCCAUAUGUCACCCACACCGCUCCCCCCAAUCAACGAAUUCACGCAUAUUGUUUCCACAACGAUUGAUUUCCCCGGCCACGAUGCGGCAUGCGACGCGCUUAUCCCCGUCGUCAAACCGCAAUGGAUUCACGCAUCGAUCGCGAAGAACAAGCUUGCAAAUCCCCGCCAGUAUAACCCCGACCCGAGGCUCUUCUUGAACGACGUGGUCGUGUGCUGCCUAGAUAUACCCGAAGGAGACAAAGAUGCGAUCGUUGGAGGAGUGCUGGCUAUGGGCGGACUCUAUACUCCGCGGAUUACGAGCAGUACGACGCAUUUAGUUUGUCUGUCCAUGGACGCGGAGAGAUGCCGAGCCACAACUGCGAAGCUGACCCGUUUAAAGAUCGUGCUUCCUCAUUGGUUUGACGAUUGUCUAAAAUUGGGCAAGCGGAUAGAUGAGGAGCCGUAUACGCUUCCCAACCCCGAGAUCCUUAGCGCUCAGUACGAUGCACCUCUACGAGUGGUGGAAAGCAAAGAUAUCGUCGGCGCUUCGACCUCGGAACCGAAAAAGUUGCCUUUGCUGGAUGAUGCGCGGGAGGAUUUGAAUGUAUUCGAUGGCAAAAGAGUGAUGAUAUCGAGCGACCUGAACAUUGGAGAACGCGUGUUACAAUGUCUGGAAACCCUAGUGAUCAAGGGUGGCGGUAGCAUUGUUUAUGAUGUCGAUAGCACAGAUAUCUAUGUCUGUCGUUAUCGUGAGGGCCAAGAUUACCAGGCUGCCUCGAGAGCUGGAAAGGAGGUUGGCAAUCUAUCGUGGCUUUACCAUCUUAUCACUCGCAACACUUGGAUAUCUCCGCUCCGUCGACUCCUUCAUUAUCCAAUUUGCCGAGACGGUAUUCCGGGAUUUAAAGGCUUCAAGAUCAGCUUGUCCAACUAUGCGGGCGAAGCCCGCAUAUACCUUGAAAACCUCAUCAUUGCCUCCGGCGCCGAAUGCACCAAAACACUAAAACAAGAAAAUACGCAUCUCAUCACAGCACAUGGCAAUAGCGAAAAGUGUACCGCCGCUCGAGAAUGGAACCUACAUGUCGUGAAUCAUCUCUGGCUCGAGGAUAGUUAUGCGCAGUGGCGGAUGAAAACGGUAUCUGAGCCUCGAUAUACGCACUUCCCCAAGAGAACCAACCUAGGCGAGAUCGUUGGCCAGACAAAAAUCGACAAAUUCGCUAUCGAGGAGCACUUUUUUCCCGGCGAGGACGAUGGUGCAGCCGCGAGCGAAACUAUCUCACCGGGCGCUAUGCAGCAGAAGGAUGAUAACACCCGUAGCGACAAGCCUGAAAAGGGAGAGGAACCAAAGAAGACAAAGGUUGCACAACGAAUAGAGAUACCCAGAUCUUCUACCCCCCGAAGAAUCAAGGAGCCAAAGACUACGGCCAAGAGAGAUCGACUCUCGCUUCAAACUCCUCACGUAUCUCGAUUCAUGACUGACGAAAAAGAGAACAACACCCCAUCCACGACCGGAAGUAGAAAGUCCAAGGAUGUUGCAGCUGCACGGCUGAUGGAGAUCGCACCUGACAUCAAUCUUUAUGAGCGAGAGAAACGGCGAACUGGAGGUGUUGUCUACGGAGGUAGGAGGAAGAGCGCUGAUGAGGCGGACGUGUCGAGAAAGCGAUCCAUUGAACCGGAUGAGAUUUCAGACACGGAGAGCAAGAAGCAGAAGAGAGUGAGGGCGCCAGUGUCUAUGCAUCUACUUGUUACGGGUUACGCGCCAUGGGUGGGGAACUGGAAAAAAGAAGAUAGCGACAGGCGUCACCUUCGUGACCUGGGCAUCAUGGUUGUCGCCGAUGCUUCUAGGUGUACACAUGUCGCGGCCCCGUCAAUCCUGAAAACCCCCAAGUUUGUCAACGCGCUUGCGUUUGGGCGAAAAGUCAUCAGUUGCGAUUUCAUAACGGACUGCAUCGCGAAAGAUAAGCUGCUCGAUCCGGACAAAUACAAGUUGCGCGACAAGGAGUCCGAAAAGAAAUACGGGUUUACCCUCGAGCAGGCACUGCAGCGAGCCGAGAAGAACAAGAACAAGCUCCUCCAGGGCCGAACAAUAUUCUGCGUCGAAACAAUCCACGGAGGCUUCGAUGCUUUCAAAUCCAUCAUCGAGAAUAACGGAGGACAGUGCGCGAUGUACCGGGGCCGACCUAUCACGAUUCCCGGGCGGCGAGGCACCGAUACUGAUGAGCCGCACAAGGACGAGGUGUACCUGAUUAGUGGCGAUGACAAGGGUCAUAUGAAGGUCUGGCCGAAAUUCCGUACAAUGGUUCAGGAUCGGAAGAAGAUACCAAAGAUCGUCCGUUCAGAGUGGCUAUUGCAAAUCGUGAUGUCGCAGGAGUGGCGGUGGAAGGACGAGUUUGAGUUGAAGGAGGAAGAUAUAGUGCCGGCCGACGAGUGA